AGAAUUAACUUCGAUCUUUAAUUUGUCAUGGGCAUACUUCGCACACUUUACAAUUUGUCGAAAUGAUCGUUAAUGACAACUGUCAAACGUAACUCUUGUACAAAUAUGUUAAGCAAAAACGCCAAGGUCGGAUAUAUCGGUACGAGUAGAUGUACAUAUUUGUCUAUCUUAUUUCUCUAUAGUCAAUAAUUCGUCGUUGUGGUCAAAUAGAGUGGGACGAAAAUUGGUUAGUUCAGUCGGAGUUGAUAAACGUUGUGUUCCUGAAAUCGAAUAUUCAUACAUAGCAAAUGGAUAACCGUCCUAAUAAUUCGUGCAGUACUCCAAUUACAGGUAAUAUAGUGAAAGAUUACAGUCUACCAUUAUCGCGAAUCGAUUCGAAUUCCUCCGAUAAUAAAUCGAAUUCACAAAUAUUAAUAUUGAAUCGUAAAAGGAAACGUUGUAGAGUGAAUAAUAAUGUGCGAUACAAAUCUGUAAGAUUUCACGAUAGUGACACCGAUACCGAGGACAACUGGGUGACCGACUGGGAGGAAUCACUCGACUCACACUCGAAAAAUGCAGAUACAUCCCAUGACAAAAAAACAUCCGAAAGCACCGACGAUUCCAUAAAAUUAAAAGACUCACCCAAAACCAUUUUGAAAAAACCAACAAUUAUUAGAAAUUCAAGGUAUUCCUCCACAGAGGAAACUUCGAAGGUCCAUGGAAUUUCGACGAAGGUUAAAAAGUAUACGAGUCCUGAGCUCAUCCGCGAUGCUGUGCACGUGGAGAACCUUUUUCUGGAAAAGUUUGAUCAACCCCUGGCGGGUACGUCGAAUCACCACUCCCAAAAGUACACACCCAGAAUUGAUGUUCCGAUCCAUUCGAAGGAAGAGGGUGAAAGGUGUAAGGGGGAUGAAAUCUUGCCAGUUGAUAAAGUACCCCUGCAAUUACCCAGUGCAUUACACUAUUCCAGUAGCGAUGAUGAGUUUCCUCCUUUAUCAGAGUUUAUGAAACGCGGAGAUUGGAAAACGUACGAAAAACGACCAGCGAUCAGGAACAAGAGGAAGGAAAUACCUUCGAAAAACAAAACUAUUAUCCAAACCGAAAUAACUAACUGGAUUUAUCCAAAACAUUGGUUAAGCACAGCCAAUAGGUUAUGGAAUAAAUUUAAAAAGUUUUAUAGUUCUACAUCAUCGGAUGAUUCUUCUGUGACCGGAAAUGGAUCCUGGACACAUAAAAAUUCCUUUAACGAUAUUUCAGCCGAUACCAGCGAAUGUUUGAAUACUUCUAGUCAAAAUGAGAAUUAUUCCGUACCACAUAGACAGAAGAAGCGUGUAAAAAGAUUUGGGAGCAAAAGAAAAUCAGUGAAUGAAAAUAUUGACCCCGCUGUAAAUAGAAAAAUUGUUUAUGAACCAACAAAGCCACAAGAAGAUAAUAUGAAAAACAAUGAAAUUUUCAUAAUUAAACAUAUAUCGGAUAGGAGUAAUAAAAUGAGAAUGUCUGCCACGAAGAAAAUAUUAAAACGGAAUUACAAGAGAGCAAUACCAAUUACGGAUGACGACGAUAGCUGUUUGGAAUUUGAAAUUAAGAAACCUGAAAUAAAGAUCCGGAAGGCAAAUCUAAAAAUAGAGAAUGAUAAUGAUAAAUACUUAAGAGAUUCAAAGGUAUCAGAUGGAGAACAUCCGAUAAAUCAUCUGCCAGAAGAAACUAAAAUCUUGAAAUGGCAAUGUGUCGAAGUGGAAGAAGAUGGUCCAUGGAGAUACGAUGGCAAGGAUAUCAAAGUUCGUAUGGAACUGCAACCCCUAGAAAAUAUUUCAGUGGAAAGUCAGGGUGAUGUAGAAAAAAAGGUACAACCAGUAGUCAGUGUGUCAAGUGACAAUAAAAAGCCAAGAAUCACAUCCGUCGAAAAAAUAAGCACGAAAUUCAUUCUUGUUUCUGGACAGAGUAGACGUCUAAUUGGUUCAAAAAAUAAUAAGUGUGAAUGAAAAUUACUAGAUAAAGUACUAGGGUUUUAUUUGAGAAAAAUUGUCAAUUUAUUGUAUUAUUUUCAAUUGUAUUUAUAUUGUAUUUAUUAUUUAAUAUUUGUAUAGAUCGCAUUUAAUAAGUUUUCUAUUUUUUCUGCAUAUGAAGCUGCGACGUGCAUUAUUAGGGCGUCUUGAUUUUCAGAGUUUCAUGAAUGAAACUCCCGUUUCGUAUCAACAGGCGUCCUUUACUACGCAGCUGCCGGAUCGAUCUGAGCUUUUCGCCCACGCGAUUCCCACUCUGAUUCGAAAACCCUCAAAUAUCCCUACCCCAGUACUUAUUCCCACCAUUGCGAACCUAUCUCCGUAACAGUGGCGUAACAAGUAUUACGAAAUGGGAGUCAGAUUUCGAGUGGCAUUAUUAUAAAUUAAAUUAAUCAUUGAUUAGGAUGAAGUGAACCGAGUAUAAAAAGAUUGUUGCAAGUUAAUCGAUUGUGAUUUGAAAUUUAUAUGAUUCAUCAUUAUAUAGUUAUCAAAAAGUAUUGCUUUAACUGAAGUUGGUUCCACCGUAUAAAACAAACUUCCUUAGUACAAUAUUUCUGAAUAGGCUUGUGACUAUGUAAAAAAUGAGAUAUUGAGUAAUUUUGUAUAAAUAAAUAUUUUCAUAGCUUA